AUGGAAACGCGGAUCAAGUUGCUGAUUGAAGAGAAAGAAUCGUCGGUGAGGGAUUUGAAGGAGUCGAAUAAACUUUUAGAGAAGCUGAAGGAUGAUAUCAGUGUGAUUGUUAGGGAGAAAGAAGAGGUUGAGAAGGAGAAGAAUGGGGAGAUUGGCAAAAGGAGAGAGUUGGAGAAUGUUAUGACCGGAAUCAAUGAGAUGGUUGCUGGCUUGAAGAAAGAAGAGGCGAAUCUGCAGAAGAUCAUGGCUGAGUUGGAUAAGAAGUGUGCUGUGGGUGAGACAAAGCUUAGUGAGAUGUGGAAGGAGACUGAUCGAUUGGUUGGGGAGACGAAGUUGAGUGAGAAGAGGAUUAAGGAGUUGGCUGGUGAGAAAGGUGUAAUUGAAAAAGAAUUGAAUGAUGCGCGUAAGAAUUUAACUGAGAGGAGUCUUGAAUUGGAGGGCUUAGCUAAUGAGAAGAUUGUGAUUUUGGAGGAGAAAAGUAGUGUGGAGGGCCGAGUUAGAGAGUUGGGAAGCCAUGUUUAUGUUGAAAGGGAAGGAGUGGAGCGUUGCCUCGACGAGGAGAAGCAGAAUGCUCUGAAACUGAAGGCUAAGAUUGAAGAAAUGGAGAAAAGAAUCCAGGAAAGCCACAAGGGUAGUAAGGAGGUGAAGACAGAGAAGGCUGCAAUCUUGAGUGAGAGAGUGGAGUUAGAGAGCCAAUGUGGAAUGCUGAGAGAGGAGAUUGCUUCUCUGCAAGAAACCAUGGCUAAAUCGCGGGCUGAAUUCAAAUCAAUGAAGAGUAAGGCAGAGACUGCAGAUGCCAACUUGAAGCUAGUGCUGAAAAUGCUAAAGGGCAUAUCGGCCUUCUGCUCUAAAGAGGUGUGUGAGGGCGAAGCUGGCAAUGUGCAUGCUAAUGGCGAGGGACUGAAGGUGCACAUUGUGGAAAUGGAGACGAUAAAGAAUGCUUUCAAGAGCAAAGCUGCUAAGGUGGAGGAGAUGAAUAGGCAGUUGAAGGCGCUGCGAAGCAGUGUGUUGGAUGAGCAGAAGAAGAAGAGCUUUUGGACUAUGUUAUCGUCAGCCACCACGCUCUUGGCUGCAUUAUCCCUUGCAUAUGUUUUUCGUGGCCAUUGA